AGAGAACGCGUACGACCUGGAGGCCAACCUCGCUGUCCUGAAGCUGUAUCAGUUCAAUCCCGCCUUCUUCCAGACCUCAGUGACGGCUCAGAUCCUACUGAAAGCCUUGACCAACCUCCCGCACACAGACUUCACGUUGUGUAAAUGUAUGAUCGAGCAGACCCACCAGGAGGAACGACCAAUACAACAGAUCCUGACGCUGGGGGACCUGCUCGAGACCUGCCACUUCCAGGAGUUCUGGCGAAAUCUGGAGGAUAACGCUGAGCUGAUCGACGGGAUCGCGGGCUUCGAAGAUUCAGUCCGGAAAUUUAUCUGUCACGUAGUUGGGAUCACGUACCAGUCGAUUGAGAAGUGGUUAUUAGCGGAAAUGCUGGGAGAUUUAUCAGACUCACAGCUGAACGUGUGGAUGAGUAAGUACGGAUGGUCCGAGGAGGAGCCGAACAGGAUCUUCAUCUGCAACCAGGAGGAGAGUAUCAAACCUAAGAACAUUGUGGAGAAGAUCGACUUCGAGAGUGUUGCUAGUAUUAUGGCGUCUUCUCAGUGAGCAGCCCAGCCCCUCCCUUCGCUUUUUAUCAGAGACUCAGAUGUUCCGCCUGCAAAGUUUUGCUUCCCAAUAAAAUGGUUCAGGUUA